AUGCAGGUACUUCAAGCGAGCACAGGAAGCAAGAAGUGUCUGGGUUCUCAUGUUAGUGCUGCUGGUGGUCUGGAGCAGGCAAUUUACAAUGCUUGUGCUGAGGGAAAUCGUUCUUUGGGCAUGUUUGUUCGUAAUCAGCGCCAGUGGAACGCAAAGCCUAUGGAUGAAGCUACUGUUGAGCGCUGGAAUUGUGCCUUAAAGAAUACUGGCUUCCCACUUUCUCAAGUUCUCCCACAUGGAUCUUAUUUGAUGAACCCUGGAUCUCCUGAUGCGGAAAAACUAGAAAAAAGCAGAACGGCAAUGCUUGAUGAGUGUAGGCGUUGUGAACGUUUAGGGAUUAAGCUUUACAAUAUCCAUCCAGGUUCUACCACAGGAACGGGUACAGUAGAACAAUGUCUGAAAAUAGUAGCUGAGACCAUCGACUACAUUGUUGACAACACUGACUUCAUUGUGAUAGUAAUAGAAACAAUGGCUGGUCAAGGUCAUACCAUCGGAUCGACAUUCGAGCAGAUUCGGGAUAUAAUAUCGAUGGUGAAGAACAAGACUCGUGUUGGCGUUUGCAUUGACACCUGUCACAUAUUUGCAGCAGGUUACGAUAUCCGAACACCGGAAGCUUAUGAGAGAACAAUGAAGAAAUUUGGCGACACCGUCGGAUUCAAUUACCUGAAAGCGCUCCAUCUAAAUGACUCGAAAGGUGGGCUUGGAUGUCGCGUUGACCGUCAUGAAAACAUUGGGCGAGGUCGAAUUGGUAAAAAGGGCUUCAAGUGUAUCAUGGACGAUGAACGUUUAGAUGGCAUUCCACUGAUUUUGGAGACCCCCGAAGGAGAUUAUCCGCGCGAAAUGAUCACGCUCUACUCGCUGUAG